AUGCGAUUAAUAUCACACGCGGCCCGAAGGGCUGGAGGCAGCGGCUUCGCGUCCCAGUCAGUCAGGGCCUACUCCCGUCUGUCGUCACUCGCGUCGAGAACUCCACAGGUUUGGCGACAACCAUAUUCGCCUAAUCGUCCAUUUGCACCUAUCAAACGAUACAACUCUUCAUUGUCUGUACCCGGAGCAACACCACGACAGGCAGAAGAACAAAAUGAGCCUUCCUACGAACUGAGCUUCACCUGCAAACCCUGCCUCUACCGGUCGACCCAUCGCAUCACUAAACAUGGCUACCACCGCGGAACGGUUCUGGUGACCUGUCCGUCUUGCAAAGCCCGCCACGUUAUCGCCGACCACCUCAAGAUCUUUUUAGACAAGAGCUCAACACUUGAAGAUAUAUUAAGGAAGAAAGCAGCGGCCGGCCAAGAUUUCACCAAACUAUUGAAAAAGGGAAGACUAGGCAUCCGACCGGGCGAAUUGGUGGGCAACGAAGGUGAAGAGGAUCUUGAGUUUUGGGAGGAUGGUACCGAAUCUGUGCACACCCCGAUCGAAGAAAAGCAGACAGGCCAACAAGGUUGA